UGUGCGUGUGUGUGUGUGUGUGUGUGUGUGUGUGUGUGUGUGUAUGGCUCAUGGCCUCAGGUGAAAGCCGUGUGAGAAGUGCUUUGUGGGUGUGGCUUCAAGUGAGCGAGCAAGAGAGAGAGAGGGAGAGAGGGAGAGGGCUUAGUCUGAGAGAUGUUGAUGUUGUCAGGCAUUUAAUAUCAGGUCUCCAAGUGGAUCACACACACACUCCUGCCCAAAGAAACUUGAGAGCUCGGUGUGGAGUAUUAGCACUCGGAGUGGGAAGGCAGAAGGGAAGAACUGCACCUGUCCCGCAUAAACUCUCUAUCCUCACAGGCAGACUUCCAGAGAGGAUCCCAGUGCUCGUCCCUAUGUGUGGAUGGGACCAAAGUUACACGGCGACCUCUCAUAGCUCGGCCAUGUUGACCAGUGAGGGGGCGCACGCUAUGGAGCAGGACGGCACAAACCACAAGAUGGCCUCCACAGCUACCAGCACGGGUUCGGACGGAGCAGAGACGAUGACCGACACCGACGUGGACAUGGACCUGGAGAUGGAGGAGGCAGACAUGACACAUUGGGCAGAGGCCGAGUUUGAGGAAAAGUGCACAUACAUCGUCAAAGACACGCCAUGGGAGGCGGGGCCAGACGCUGACUUCGCCAUGACGACGACAAGAGCAGAGGCGUCGAUGCCCAGAAACCUGGUCCUCAAACACCUGGCAGGCACCAAGGAGGUGGUCGGAGUGUGCAGCCGGGAGUACAUCCCCAAAGGAACCCGCUUCGGUCCCCUGGUGGGCGAGAUCUACACGGCCGACAGCGUCCCGAAAGACGCAAACCGGAAGUACUUCUGGAGGAUCUUUGUGGAUGGUGAGUUUCACCACUUUGUGGACGGUCUGGAUGAGACCCGCUCCAACUGGAUGCGGUACGUCAACCCGGCCAAAUCGGCGACAGAGCAGAACCUGGCAGCAUGCCAGAAUGGCAUGGAAAUUUACUUCUACACUGUGAAGCCCGUCCCAGCCGGCGCCGAGCUGCUCGUCUGGUACUGUCAUGACUUCGCCCGCCGCCUGAGAUACCCGCCAUCAGGGGAGCUGAUGAUGCAAAAACUCAAGCAGUCACUUAUGGAGGUUAAGCAGCAACAUGUGGACAGAGAGGACAGCACAGUUGAAAUCUCCAGUAUGUCUCCAGUCUCAAUGACUCCCAGUCCUCCCAAGAGGGAGCACAGUGUCGUGUCCAUUCUCCGUGGCACCAACAGCACCUCGUCCUCCAUGGCCCCCAAGAGGGAGCCCAGCCGCCCUCUUCCCACUCGCCCACGUUGUGCUGAUAGCCCGGAGCGGCCACUGUACCCCCGUGCUCUCUACCCCCUUCUCAGACCACAUUUCCCCCUCUCUGAAGACUUGCUCAAACCCAGCCACCCUGGUUACCCCUUAACUCAUUCCCCUGGCAAACAGUCGUCGGCCACACCAAGCCCUUCUGCAAGAAGCAGCCCAGAAACCAGCCCUCAUAGCAGCCCUUCUGGUCCAGCAUUAUCACCAGCUUCUAUUUACCCUUACCCUGGUUACUCCCCUCCAUCUGCCCCACUCCCCUCAACAUUCUACCCUCCUCACCAGUACCCACGUUAUCUUCUACCACAUCAUUAUCCUCUCCCUGGUGGUGGUGUCCCAACUGUAGGAGGGAUUUUCCCUAGGAUCUAUCCAGUGUAUGGCAGCCUAAUGCCCCCUCAUCUAUCCCUCCUGCCUUCUGACCCUGCAGCAAGGCGCCUUGUAAUACCUGAACCUGUGCACCCCUCCUCAAUCUCUGCCCACAGAGACUAUCUCCUGCCCGGGCCAAGAAGUGCCUUCUCAACUGCUACUUUGAGAGACAAAGCAGGAGUUCACAGCUCUUAUCCAGGGCACCCCAACCCACACGGACCAGCUCACGCUCCCUCCAGCGGCUCCCCAACCGCUGCCACAGCACCUCCCAGCGAGCAGGUGCCAACCAAGCCUACCUCAGCCCAUAUGGGAAACACUAGUGAACGUCACCCAGAUGAAGAGGCUAUUAAUCUGACCAAAGUGAAGCGUGGUGCAGGGUCAGCAGGAUACAAGGCGUUGCCUUACCCUCUGAAGAAGCAGAAUGGCAAAAUCAAGUAUGAGUGCAACGUGUGCAGUAAGACCUUUGGGCAGCUGUCAAACCUGAAGGUUCAUCUUCGGGUGCAUAGUGGAGAAAGGCCAUUCAAAUGUCAAACCUGUAGCAAAGGCUUCACUCAACUCGCUCAUCUGCAAAAACACUACCUGGUUCACACUGGGGAGAAACCACAUGAAUGUCAGGUUUGUCACAAGCGCUUCAGCAGCACCAGCAACCUGAAAACUCACCUACGCCUUCACUCAGGGGAGAAGCCUUAUCACUGCAAGCUCUGCCCCGCUAAGUUCACCCAGUUUGUCCACCUCAAGCUGCACAAGCGCUUACACUCCCGCGAACGUCCACAUAAAUGCCCCCACUGCCACCGCCACUACAUCCACCUGGUUAGCCUGCGGCUACACCUGAAGGGCUAUUGCCUGGCUGCAACCUCUGGUCCUGGCAGUCCUAAUGUUUCAAGUCAAGCUGCCUUGGAAGAGGUGCACCGCGCCAACGAAGAGAUUGAGCGCUUCGAUGUCAGUGAGCACGCUGAGCGACUGGAGCAGCUGCAGGGGUCGGUGGAGAUGGACGCCAUGUUGGAGAAACAAGUGUUGGGGAUGCUGUGGAGGGAGUCUGACCUUAAGUCCCCCAACUUCCACCCCAGUUACAAUGGCACUGCCACCGAUCUUCUGUCUGCAGGUUAUGGUGCAUUCGAGUCCCCGAACGAGACGUCGGUUAUCAAGAUCCGCCGCAGCACCCCCAUCUCACCAGUUACUGCUAGCAUUACCGUCAAGCAGGAGUCAGAGGAUCAUGCUUAAUAGACUUUUUUAUGUGCAAGUCACAUGAAAAAUUGAUUUUGAACUGCAUGGUGGACUUGUUGCCAGGAGCAACAGCUGUAAAUAAAUAAUUAUCUAUUGUCAUCCCCAUGAACACGCCAUGCUUUCAACCUAUCAGGGACUCUCACACUCAGGGCUGCAAGAGACAAUGUCCCAUGACUACUUAGUGGUUUUAGUGUUUAUUACUCCUAGACAAUCACCUAAAAAGGAUUUUUUUUCUUUAAUGUAAUUAAUAUAAUUCUAUUAUCAUUUUUCAAUGAUUUUGUCUUUUUUCGAACAUUCUUGUUUUUGAUAAAUUACUUGUUAUAUAAUCUAACUUAUUAUGCAUUUAAUUUUGUGUCUUCAAAAGCAAUAAGUGAAUGGAUUGCUGACUAAUAGGGUGAAAACAAUUAUUUCUGUUGAUGUUAAUUUGUUUUACCCUGUCUCUAUUUCUCUGUAAAUAGCCACUCUGUCGUUGCCCUUAUUAGUCUCCUCUGUGUCCAUUCUUCAGGGCUUAUCUAUUUAAAUACCAAAAAUAAAAGUAGCCAGAGGAAAAGUAGAAAACCUUGCCUACUUAUGGCACAUACAGUAAAUUAGUUCAUUUCCAAAGAAAAGCGUUAUUUCAACCUGUCUGAAUCGCUUUCCUGAAGUGUCUAUGUCCUUUUCUGAUGCAUCCUUAAUUUAAAUGAAACAAAAAAGGGCAUUCAGUUUUUGUACAUUUUUUCACAACAGUUACCUCAGUGUGGAUGUGAUGAUGUGUGUGUUUGUGUGUUCAAAGGGACAGCUGAAGGUGGGAGUUUUUUAUUUAUUCCUUUUUUUUUCUACUUGAAGAAGAAUAAACCAAACUGAACUGGAGAGCAGCUCUUCAUGCGGUCCAAAGGAGCGGCAUAGCCCGCUUAAAAUGUAGCACAUAACGGACUCAGGAGGCUGAUUAGCCGUCAUUUCCCCUGUUCUUACCUUUUGUUUUCUAUCUUUAUUUUUUUUAUGAAAUCAUGUUAGUACCCAGCAGGAAUUUUAAAUGUGUUCGGGGAGCUACACCAGAUGCUAAAAACCAAAGUUCACUUGGCUUCAGUUUCCAAAAUAAUCUAAACAGGGGAAGAAGGACUAAAAGAAUGAAAAUGGUGAAGAAGGGAAGAUGUACGUUGUGUUGAUGAUGAAGUGUUUGCUCCCGUUUUUGUAUAUAUUUUUCAUGUUGUUGCUGUUAUUUGUUGUUUUAUUUUUGGAAAAUCAGCCCCAUCCAUCUGCUGCCUUGUUAAGAACGCCUAAGCACCUCGGCCCUCUUUUAUGCACUGGCCCCCCUCCUCCUACUUUAUUCCUUCAGUGCCGAUGCUUAUAUAAUUUACACUGUGUACAGUAUCUGUAAACCUGGUCAAAACUGCAUUAAGAACCAGCUUAAUGUUACUACAGCAGCUGUGAUUUUCUGUAGCAGGUGCACUUCAAUAACCUUAAGUUACUUUUACUUUUUCUGUUUCAUUAUGUUUCAAAUGUUUGACCAAAGCUUUCCUCUUUCUCUGGUCAGUUUUCACUCCAGAGGAGAAUCCCCUAAAAUACCUGUCUCUGUUUACAUGCUGGUUUACAAAGUUAUUUAUGUGCAAAAUGUCAAAAAGUGUAAAUUAUGAUAUAAAUGUCACUGCUCUAAUCUAAA